AUGGAGACGACAAGGCUGUUGUAUUGGUUAGAGGAGAGCAAGGCAUACGUAUUCCUAACUUUGAAUGAAUUAUGCCUUGCAAUUUUCAUGAUUCUGGUGCAAUCACUCACCUCCGUUGGCGUCAGUGCUCUCAUCAUCCAAGUCUACGGGCAUGCCAUCUCUACCAUUGUCUUGGCUCUUCUCGCUUUCUUCAUCGAUAAGAUUACUCUUUGUCAGAUACUAUUGGCAGUGUCCCUGCAAUAUUUAUCGUCGACCUAUCAAAGCGUUGGAUUGAACUUGGUCCCCUCAAUUGUAUUUACACUGGCUCUCAUCUUCCGUCAAGAAAAGAUCAAAUGUUGGAGCAUCAACGGGCAGGCCAAGAUAUGGGGUCUAGCCCUCUCGGCUGCCGGAGCUCUGACUUUAGUGUUGUGGGAUGGGCCGGUUGUACUAACCUCCAUGUUGUUCAACAUUCAAGUGAUCAGUGACGGCAUCAUUGGCGGCAUAAUGAUAGUGGUUGGAGUGCUUUCAACAAGCUUUUGGAACAUUGUAGUGGGGCAUGUCACUCGGUUAUACCCAGCAGAACUAUCCUUAACUGCGAUGAUGAGCUUAUUCGGCACGAUCCAAGCUGCCAUUGUCGCUGCAUUUGUCUCAUCAAGUUCAUCUUGGAAGCUAAAGUGGGAAGGAGGACUUGUCUUGAUUACCAUAUUACUAGGAGGAGUUGUGGUGACAGGAUUAUCGUAUUAUGUAAUGACAUGGUCCAUUAAGAAGAGAGGACCUGUAUUCACAACAGCUUUUAACCCACUUCUGGUCGUUUUAUCGUUCCUUCUGCAGACAUUUGUCUUGGGAAAUUCUGCACAUUUGGGCAGCAUUGUGGGAGGAGUAUUGGUUAUACUGGGGCUUUACCUACUUCUAUGGGCAAAAGCCAAUGACAUGAAGAAGGAAGAAAUUGUGGCCGAUGAUUCUUUGUACUCUCCCUUGGUUCAACCUUGA